AUGGAGCCCGUGAAGCACGACCGGGACAAUUCACCCCACAGUAGCGGCACUAGGGGCGGUCCAAACCCCCGGGGUCGAGGAGGUUUCCGUGGCCGUGGAGGGAGGGGGAGGGGCUACAGCGGGCCUAGCCCCUCUCCGAACCCCAACGGUCGCGGGGGAAGGGGAGGGCCUAGAGGGGGUCGCGGGAUGGACCGAGGCCGUGGCCGUGGAGGGUUUAUUCAACAGGUGCCUCAGCCUCCUAGCGGCCCGAUGGUCGGCAACGAGGCUAAAUUCUCUAUGAGCGAUGUCAUGCAGCUAAUGCAGGCUGUGCAAAUGGGAGCUGCACAAAUGCCGCAAACACCGCCCGAGGUUCCACCGGCCAGCGGACGCGCCCGCCCUUGGCCACGGUCGCGCCAGAGGUCCGGAGCGAACGAUAACCCUGCCCCGGUCCCCGCCAAACUGCCCCAGGCCUGUACCUGGUACAAUAACCGCCAACGGGGCUGCACCAAGGGCGACGCCUGCACAUAUCUCCACGUGUGCAGCCGCUAUCUCGUCGGGGGCUGUAUCUUCGACAAGGGCCAGUGCGAUUUUUCACACAACGUCAUGACCCCGCAAAACAGGGGCAUCCUGCAGAAGUUCGGGAUCCCCAGCACCUCCGAGAAGGCCGUCAUCGACAUCUUUAAGAAGGAUCUCGUCAAGAAGAAGAAGGCAGAACAAGGAGACAAAGUCCCAGAGAAGUUGGACGAAAUCUGUAUUUUCAACAUCCGUCAAAGGUGCUCCUACAAGACCCCGUGUGAGCGGUGGCACUGCCGUAUGCCGUACCAGUGGCAGUUCCGCGAUGUGUUCCUACAAGACCCUCUGUGA